AUGCUCCGACCGAAGGUGCCUUCUGCUAUUGCAGAGUUGCCAUGGCUGCAACGGAAGCUGGCAAAGCUCGCUGUGGAUUGCAGUGCGUUGGCUUUUUUUGACAUGGAGAAUGAGGAGAGAGGUAGUGACACAAGGCGUCUGAUAUUCGUUGGAUGUGCUUUGGCAGAGCGCCCCAGACUAGUAACGACGCUUCGUGCAGAAGCGAACACCUUCAUCGACAAGGCGAAGUUUUACAAGGACAAGGAUUGGUCGUUGGAAGAAUGCAAUGAGGCAGAGCAAACAGAGAAGCUUGCGAGGAAAGAAGAAAGCAAGGACGGCAAGAAAAGCUGCUUGAGCUGA